CACAAACACUUCCUUGUCAUGCCCCGCCUUAUUGCCCUGCUAGCAGCCAAUCCGAGAGCUCCUUCUUACAGCUCUACAACUUAUUAGAAGUGGCUCAGUUUACGCAACUCCAUUCAGCAGUGUAGGAUAAUGGAGACCGGUGUGAAGAUGAAGGUGCUGUUGUUCCUGUUUGCUGUGUGUAUACAGUCCGGUGUAGUUACUAGUUACAGCAAUGGAAAGGUUAAAGAAGCUUGUCAGGACAUGAUGCCUGGUCAUCAUCAUCACAGCCCCAGUCCUACAUCUCCACCGUACAGCAUCACUGUGGAUAAGCCUGUAUUCAAUCCUGGAGAUCAAAUUAAAGUGAGUUUAUCAGCAUUGUCCUCAGAGAGCAAAACACGCUUUAAAGGCUUUCUUUUAGAAGCCCGAGAUGCUGCGAAUCUUCAAGGUGGAUCUGUUGGAACUUUUACUCUCAUUGACUCGUCCAUCUCACAGCUUCUUGCCUGUCACCACAGAGAGGGCUCCGCGGUGAGUCACACAAGUGAUCGCCAUAAGACAGAAGUUCAGGUGAUCUGGAAUGCACCACAGGAUCCCCCGGCUAGUGUCCAGCUUCUAGCAACAGUGGUUCAGGAAUAUGAGUUGUUUUGGGUGAAGAUGCCAGGUCCUUUACUGUCUUUAAAUGGUGCGCCUCCGCCAGCAUCAUUAUCUCCUCAGACAAGCACCGCUCCCACGCCUCUGCCCCGCCCGUUCACUUCAGAAGGCUGUGGAAGUACAAAGACUUGCCUGAGAGAUCCAGAAGGCUGCAAUCCAGAGAACGAUACACUCUGUUACUUCCUGUCGUUCAAACAGGUCGAGCAGGGUGUAAAGUUUGAGCUCAGUGGACAGGCUGCAGGUUAUGUCUCCUUCGCCUUAUCGACAGAUCAGUGGAUGGGAAAAGAUGAUGUCUAUCUGUGUGUCCGUGACACAGAGCGGGUCAGCAUCAGCGGCUAUGUUGAGGGAAGGACACAUCCUGUGACGGCUUCAGAGAAUGUUUUGAGAGAAACGGCAUGGCGGCUGGCCGAUGGGGUCAUCCAGUGCAGCUUUCUUAGAAACGUACACGUCCCAAGCCCUUAUCAAGACAGAUUUGACCUGGAUCAGAUGUACUACCUGUUCAUGGCUCAUGGUCGGGCAGACAACGGGAGGACCCAUAGACAUGACCGACAGCCUCUGGUUUCAACAAAGCAAGUUGUUAUUACUGGACCUCCAGAGGAUCUGAGUGGCUCUCGUGCUCCCUUACUCAUCAAGUUUCAUGCUGCGUUCAUGCUCAUCGGCUGGAUGACGACUGUUAGCACUGGUGUAAUUAUAGCCAGAUACUUUAAACCCGACUGGCCUGAAACAACUGUUUGUGGACAGAGAGUGUGGUUUCAGUUUCACAGAGGCCUGAUGUUGCUUACGGUCUUUCUGACAUUCAUUGGUUUUAUAUUGCCUUUUGUAUACAGGAAAGGCUGGAGCAAGCGUGCAGGCUCACACCCUUACUUCGGCUGUACCAUUAUGGCGCUGACUGUGAUCCAGCCCAUCAUGGCUCUGUUCAGACCUGCUCCAGACUCUUCUAGGAGAUAUAUUUUUAACUGGGCCCAUUUAGGUGCAGGGACUAUCGCCCAGGUGCUUGCUGUUGUGGCCAUCUUCUUGGGUAUCCAUCAACAAGCUUUGCUGCUUCCUGCCCCCUGGACCACAGGUCUCCUGGCUGCCUGUGUGGUCUGGUUUGUGUUAGCGGACCUGGCACUUGAGGUGCACAGGAGGGGCCUUUUACGCAUUGGACAAUUUUUCAGAAACUUUCAGGUCUACACAGAAAACCUCCAAACUGAAGACAAAGAGGGGAUUCUGUUUGUUCAGUCCCAGGAUGAAGGAAAGGGGUCUUCUUUUAAAAAGAUUGUUUUGGCAGUGUACCUGUUUGGAAAUCUUGUAUUUCUAGCUCUGCUUCUGGCCACAAUCAGUGAGGUAUGAUGUAAAGAGAAAACAAACCAUGUGCCUUACUAAGUUGUACUCAGCUUCUGUUAGUGAGCUGACAAGGCCUUAUUUAAGGUUGUUUUUAUAACAAAUCACACUGGAUAACUGGAUCAACUCUUUUACAACGACAUUCCAACACCAAUCCAUUUCCCAGAAAACCUGGAUAAUAAUGUGCUAUAAAAAUUAAUGCUGGAGUUUGAACUGAUUGUCUUGAGGCAAAAGUACAAAAUGUCACAAUUUUAGUGUUUGUCGUUAAAUCUGUAUUGUCAAAAUAUAAAUUGUUUUGCCUGAAUGAUUUUGAAUGCCAAAUGAGUGAUGAAUGAACACAGAAGGCAGAUUUGUCCUACUUCUUAUGAUUUUAUGCAAGUUUUAAAAGCAAAUGAUUAUUUGUAAUUACAUAUAUUAUAAAAAGAACUAAAUAAAAGCAUGUAUAUUUGCCUAGA